AUGGGGGUUAUGUCGAGGCGGGUUAUACCCGCCUGCGGUAACCUCUGCUUCUUCUGUCCUUCACUGAGAGCAAGGUCAAGACAGCCAGUUAAGCGGUACAAGAAGCUCCUUUCUGAUAUAUUCCCACGGAAUCAGGAAGCUGAACCAAACGAUAGGAAGAUUGGGAAGCUGUGCGAAUAUGCUUCAAAAAACCCACUGCGGAUUCCUAAGAUCACUGAGACUCUGGAACAAAGGUUUUACAAAGAGUUGCGCCAUGGACGCUUUGGGUCUGUAAAAGUCGUUGCAUGUAUUUACCGGAAAAUGUUAUUUUCCUGCAAGGACCAAAUGUCAUUAUUUGCCAGUAGUUUGUUAGGAAUCAUGCAGACAUUACUGGAGCAGACUCAGCGUGUUGAAUUGCAGACCUUGGCUUGCAACAGUUUCGGUGAUUUCAUAAGUAGCCAGGUAGAUGGCUCAUAUAUGUUCAACUUAGAGGGCAUCAUUCCUAAGCUCUGUAGACUGUCUGAAGGCGAGGGAGACGAUGAAAAUGCUCUGCGUUUGCGUUCUGCAGGACUCCAAGCUCUUGCUUCCAUGGUGUCUUUCAUGGGAGAGCACUCUCACAUAUCGAUGGAUUUCGACAAUAUUAUAUCAGUCACUUUGGAGAACUACAUCGAUUUCGAAAUGAAUGCAGAAAAUAGUGAAGAAGAUCAUUGGACUCAAGAAGUGCGAAAAGCAGAAGAUAAUGCUUCAUCUUUCCCCAAUACCAGUAAGAAAGUCACCUUUGCAAACGUGGAUACCAAAUCUCAACUGGUCCCCACUGGUGACACGUCAAAAAAUCCAUCUUACUGGUCUCGAGCUUGCUUGUGCAACAUGGCCAAAUUGGCCAAAGAAGCAUCAACAGUCCGACGCAUUCUUGAACCUCUAUUUCACAACUUUGAUGUCAAUGAUCGUUGGUCCCUUCAAAGUGGAGUUGCAUGCUCUGUCUUGAUGCAGUUGCAAUCCCUUUUGGAGGAAACAGGUGAGAACUCUCAUCUCUUGUUAUCGGGCCUGAUCAAGCACUUGGAUCACAAGAACGUUGCUAAGCAACCUCUUGUGCAGAUAGAUAUUGUUAACAUUGCUGAAAGACUUGGACAGAACUCAAAGCAGCAGUGCACUGUAGCUCUUAUUGGUGCAAUAUCUGAGUUAUUAAAACAUCUGAGAAAAUGCUUCCAAAUUUCAAGUGGAUCGUCCAGCCAAAAGGAUGACCCUGAUAAAUUAAAUCUGGAUCUUCAGUCUGCACUAGAAAAAUGCAUCUUGCAGUUCUCCAACAAGGUCGGCGAUGUGGGGCCCAUACUUGACAUGAUGGCUGGGUUCUUAGAGAAUGUUGCACAUACUGCUGCUGUAGCUAGAACAACAAUCUCAGCUGUUCUGCGAACGGCUCAUAUUAUAGCUUCUGUCCCUAACAUGGUAUACAAUAAGAAGGCCUUUCCCGAUGCUCUCUUCCACCAGUUGCUUAUUGCAAUGGCCCAUCCAGACCAUGAAGUACGAGUUGGGGCACACACUAUAUUUUCCAUUGUGCUUAUACCGUCUCUAGUUUCUCCUUGCUCAUAUCAGAAGAAUACAUCUGAGGCUAUCACUAGAAGCUUUGGUUCAUCGACAAGGAAAAAGACUGAAAGUUUCUCUAUCCGGCAUGCCAGUGAUAAUAAAGCGGAAUCCGCAAAUGGGGAAUCAUCAGGAGAUAUUCAAUUGUCCAUUGUUGCUGAUAAAACAUCUAAAGAAAUUCAGGUGCUUGGUCAUCCAAAGAUCUUAAAGCAGGCUAUCUCUGACGGGAAAAUGGUCACGUCUCUCCGAUUGAGCAGUCAUCAAGUUAGUCUUCUGCUUUCAUCUAUAUGGAUGCAAGCAAUAAAUGCAGAGAAUACACCACUAAACUUUGAAGCCAUGGCUAAUACUUAUCACAUUUGUUUGGUCUUUAGCAGAUCUAAGACAGCCAGUCACAUUGCCCUAGUUCGAUGUUUUCAGCUUGCCUUUUCUCUUAGAAGCAUCUCUUUGGACCAAGAAGCAGGUCUGCUACCUUCUCGGAGAAGGUCUCUCUUCACCUUGUCAUCAUGCAUGCUUUUGUUGUCAGCAAAGGCAGGAAAUGUUCAGGAGCUAAUUCCUUUUGUUCAGGCGUCUCUUAAAGCAGAAACAGUUGAUCCUCAUCUUGAGUUAGCUGAAGAAGUCGGGUCGCCGAAUGUUCACUUGGCAUUGGAUGGACCAAAGAUAGCAUAUGGUUCAGAGGAGGAUGAUGUUGCUGCUUUGAAAUCACUCUCUUGUGUAGAGGCAAAUGAUAAUUUCUUGAAGGAAACUGUGACAUCCCAUUUUAUGACCAAGUUGUCAACAUUGUCAGAGGAGGAAUUACUAGACAUCAAGCAACAACUUCUACAGGGAUUUUCACCUGAUGAUGCAUAUCCGUUAGGUGGUCCAUUAUUUAUGGAGACACCUCGGCCAUGUUCUCCUCUUUCUCAACUGGACACCAAUUCUAUUGAAGAGGACAUAGCUGAAGCUGCUUUGACAGAUGAUGAAACUCUAACUGAGGCUAAUGGGAGCCAGUCAGAUCGGAAAACGUCUCUGUCCAACAAUACUGUAGACAUCAUAGGUGUUAAUCAACUUCUUGACUCGGUCUUGAAAACUGCACAGCAAGUGGCAAGCUCCCAGGUUUCCUACACUCCAUUACCUUAUGAUGAAAUGAUGAGUCAAUGUGAAGCCCUCGUAUCUGAAAAACAGCAAAAGAUGUCAAUGCUUCAUAGUUUCAAGCAUCAGCAUGACACCAGGAUUUUCCCCAGCGAGGACGAACCCACAAGCAAUGCGGACCUUGACAGAUUAUCUCAAAGCAGUCACCACUCCGAUGAUAGCGAUCAGAGUCAUGCAUCCAAUCAGCUCGUAGUCUCUUCCUCCAUUUCUUCUCUUGGGUGUGGUCAAAAUUCGUUCAGGUUACCACCUUCGAGCCCGUAUGACAAGUUCCUGAAAGCAGCCGGAUGCUGA